GUGGCACCCGUUGGACCAGGGCCCAUCAUGAACGUCAUGAAGGGAGGCCUGGUCCUGUUCUCGGCCAACUCCAACCCCUCCUGCAUGGAGCUGUCCAAGAGGAUCGCUGAGCGCCUGGGGGUAGAGAUGGGCAAGGUUCAGGUGUACCAGGAGGCAAACAGAGAAACGAGGGUGCAGAUUCAAGAGUCCGUCAGAGGCAAAGAUGUCUUCAUUAUCCAGACCGUUUCGAAGGACGUGAACUCCACCGUCAUGGAGCUGCUGAUCAUGGUCUACGCCUGCAAGACCUCCUGCGCCAAAAGCAUCAUCGGCGUGGUCCCCUACUUCCCCUACAGCAAGCAGUGCAAGAUGCGGAAACGGGGCUCCAUCGUCUCCAAGCUCCUGGCCUCCAUGAUGUGUAAAGCAGGGCUGACUCACCUGAUCACCAUGGAUUUGCACCAGAAGGAAAUCCAGGGGUUCUUCAACGUCCCGGUGGACAACCUGAGAGCAUCACCGUUUUUGCUGCAGUACAUCCAGGAAGAGAUCCCAGACUACAGGAACGCUGUGAUUGUGGCCAAAUCUCCUGCAUCUGCGAAGAGGGCGCAGUCGUUUGCCGAGCGCCUGAGGCUGGGCAUCGCCGUGAUCCACGGAGAGGCUCAAGAUGCCGAGUCUGACCUGGUGGACGGGCGCCAUUCACCCCCAACUGCCAAAAGCGUUGCCGCCAUUCACCCCAGCUUGGAGAUGCCCAUGCUGAUUCCGAAAGAGAAGCCGCCCAUCACGGUGGUUGGAGACGUUGGGGGACGAAUAGCCAUCAUCGUGGACGACAUCAUUGACGACGUGGACAGCUUCCUCGCGGCCGCCGAGACCCUCAAGGAGCGGGGGGCCUAUAAGAUUUUCGUCAUGGCCACCCACGGCCUCCUCUCCUCCGACGCCCCCCAGUUGAUAGAGGAGUCGGCAAUCGAUGAGGUUGUGGUGACCAACACUGUUCCUCACGAGAUCCAGAAACUGCAGUGCCCCAAAAUUAAGACGGUGGACAUCAGCUUGAUCCUCUCGGAGGCCAUCCGCAGAAUCCAUAACGGGGAAUCCAUGUCGUACCUUUUCAGAAACAUAGGACUAGAUGACUGACCGUUUCUUGGGCAGGCUUGAAGAAAA